AUGACCGUGGACGUCGCACGCCAGCAGAUGAAGUCGUACUGGGAGGGCCACCGCUCGGCCGCCACCGUAGAGACCAUGAUGCUCGACUCGCACGCCAAGGCGCUGACCAAGCUGGAGCUCCCUGAAAUCCUUGGCAAGGCCCCCUGCAUGGAGAACAAGGACGUGCUGGAGCUGGCUGCGGGCAUCGGCCGCUUCACGUCGAUCAUCGGCAAGACGGCCAAGAGCGUCACUGCCGUGGAGUUCAUCGACGACUUCCACAAGGCCAACGUCGCCACCAACGGCCACAUGCAGAACAUCAACUUUCUCUGCCAGGACGUCGUGACCCUCGAGGCCGAGCCCAACUCGUUUGACGUGAUCUUCUCCAACUGGAUCUUCAUGUACUUGGGGGAUGAAGAGGUGAAGCAGUUCGCCCAGAAGGCCAUCAAGUGGCUGCGACCUGGAGGAAAGCUCUUCUUCCGCGAGUCCUGCUUCAGACAGUCGGGAGACGUCAAACGCAACUCGAACCCGACGCACUACCGCCAUCCUGCUUUCUACGUGGGGGCCUUUGGCUCGGUGGUGACCAAGGAGGAGAACGGAGACCUUGGAUACUUCAAUCUCGAGUCCUCAGGCAGUGUCGCCGUCUACCGCAAGAUCAAGAAGAACAACGGACAACUCUUCUUCAGCUACACCAAAGUCAUGAAGCAAAGAGCUUCCGACAACAACAGUGAUGAUGAGGCCGUCGCCACCUUCCAAAAGUUCCUGGACCAGCAGCAGUACUCCAACCAGAGCAUCACGCGCUACGAGAAGAUCUUCGGACAGGGCUCGGUCAGGGAGGGCACCACGACUGAGUUUGUCGAGAAGCUCAACCUCAAGCCUGGCGAGCGUGUGCUGGACGUCGGAUGCGGCAUCGGGGGAGGAGACUUCUACAUGGCUCGCCAGUACGGCGUCUCGGUCGUCGGCAUCGACCUCUCCACCAACAUGGUGCACCGAGCGCUCGAGACGUCGAUGCAAGACCCGAACGCCGACGUCGAAUUCGAGAUCUGCGACGCCACGCAGAAGGAGUUCCCGGACGCGUCCUUCGAUGACAAGCAGGCGCUGUUCGCCAAGUUCUUCCGAUGGUUGAAGCCUGGAGGCCGCGUGCUCAUCUCGGACUACUGCCAAGGUGAACAGGAGCCGUCGGACAGGUUCAAGGCAUACGUGGCCGGUCGCGGCUACCACUUGCUUUCGCCGUCGCAGUACGGCAAGGUGCUGGAGUCCGUGGGUUUUACGUUUGUUGUAGCGGAGGACCGCACCAACCACUUCGUGGAGGUGUUGAAGGAGGAGCUGGCUCGCACGCUGGCACACAAGGAGGAGUUCGUUGCGGAGACGAGUGAGACUGACUUCAAGUACAUCGUGGAGGGAUGGGAAGAAAAGAUCAAGGCUGCAAAGAAUGCUCUUGCAUACACGAAGCGCAAGGGGGUCAUCACCGAUGCGGCCGAUGCUGGAAAGGUGUUCCUACUAUCAAAGCUACCAAGCCGGAACAUGAGGAUCUAA